AUGGUUCUGGACCAGCAGAUGCUCCACCUCAACCUCGAAGAUCGCCGGCCCGUUAAUUUCGCCAACGUCGUAACGCCACCCGCCGAUUCUGAGAUUAAUACCCACGACAAAGCCGCAGCAUCCUCUCUGCAUGACCGCGACACUAGCACAACGCUGUUCAGUUCCAGCGCCGCCACGACUAAUGACCCUAUGAGUCGAAUUUAUCGUCACACGCCGACUCCGACAAUCGUGCUUGAUGGCUCGCUUCGUAUCAUCCAAGCAUCCGACAGCCACUUGGCUUUUUUCAAUUACAGGCGAGAAGAACUACUGGGUACUAGCAUCUACGACUUAUCCCCGCAUAUCGUUCCGGCACCGGAUAUCGCAUCGCUGAGUGGCGCGCUGGGCGCUGCCAUCACGGCGCGUACCUCACAAGUCAUCCGUCCCGUUCAUGUGGUCAAGCAGAAUGUCGACUUUUCUCUCCGGGUAACACCAAUCUUCGAAGAAGAUACCCUGAUCUAUGUGCUGCUCGAAGCGCAUUCCGUGGGGGACGAACAGCCCAAAACGAAAAUUAGCGAACAAACCUACCUCAACGAGACCUACAAGAUCCUCAUCAACACCGUGAAGGACUAUGCAAUCUUCAUGUUAGACACUCGGGGCCAUAUUGCUACGUGGAAUGCCGGGGCCUCCAUCUUGAAGGGCUACACCACGGACGAAAUCAUCGGGAAGCAUUUUUCCAUCUUCUACGGACAAGACGAUCGGCAGGCAAAUAAACCGGCACGAGAGCUCGAAGUCUGUCUGCGAAACGGUAAAGUGGAAGACGAAGGAUGGCGCUAUCGGAAGGACGGGGGACGCUUCUGGGCGAACGUGAUGAUUACCCCUAUCUAUCAAUUCGGUCGACAUGUCGGGUUUGUCAAAGUCACCCGCGAUCUCACCGAACGCAGAGCCGCCGAAGCUCGGCUGAUCGAAGCAUUUGAAGAGUCGUCAAAACUCAAGACUGAAUUCUUGGCCAAUAUGUCGCACGAAUUGCGAACCCCCAUGAACGGAAUGCUGCUUGCGCUGACGAUGUUGAUGAGAACGCCGUUGACGAACGAUCAGCAAGAGUAUGCGUCCAUUUUGGAAGACUCGACCACGAUUCUACUUCAGGUCAUCAACGACGUACUGGACUAUUCCAAAUUGUCAUCCGGGUCGUUCUCUCUCAAUACAGACGUGUUGAACAUACCUAACGUUGUGAACGCGGUCAUUCGCAAUUGCCAACCCUCUCUUAAAUCGGGAGUGGUUCUGGAAAGCGUUAUUGCUUCGAAUUUCCCUAAAAAUAUCAGGGGCGAUCCACUACGAUUCCGCCAAGUCCUGCAGAACUUAGUGGGUAAUGCCGUAAAGUUCACCGAGAAGGGUUACAUCUAUGUUAAAGCAUCGUGCUCGGUUGAUCCAGAUGAUCCUCGGUCGUAUAUUGUCUCUGUUCAAGUCGAAGACUCCGGUAUUGGCGUACCCGAGGCCGCGAUUAACACGCUUUUCACACCCUUCACGCGAUUUGCAGACUCGGCAACACGUCGCUACCAGGGGACGGGACUGGGACUUUCCAUCUGCAAGAGCUUGGCAGAAUUGAUGGACGGCGCUGUGGGAUUUCAUGCCAACCCAGAACGAUCUGGUAGUGUGUUUUGGAUCUCGGCCAAGAUGGGCCGCAUCGACCGGUCGACCGUCAGAAUCCCCAAGAGCGUCAAACCGUCAAUUCAGGGAUCAACCGCUGUGGAUACCUCUGCCCUGCUGCGGAAGGUGGCCCCCCAGAAGCAGAUCUUGCUGGUCGAAGACAACAAGGUCAAUCAAACGAUCAUGCUUAAGCUUCUGGCAACUCUCGGUUUCGAGAAAGUGGAUGCCGCCUGGGACGGCGCAGAGGCUGUUCGGAUAGUCAAGCAAAAGCCGUUGGCAUAUCAUCUGAUUUUGAUGGAUAUCAACAUGCCGGUGAUGGAUGGCCUAAUGGCGACCGAACAAAUUCGACAAAUGGCGGUGGACGUCCCUAUCAUUGCUUUGACUGGGAAUGCACUGAAGGGUGAUGCCGAGACUUACCUUGCUAAAGGAAUGAACGAUUAUAUUGCCAAGCCUUUGCAUCGACAGCAGUUGGUGGAUAUUUUGUGGAAAUGGUGCGGAUCUGAGAAUGUCGGCACUUGA